AUGUCCAUCUUCAGCUCGAAUCGCUUCCUAUUAGCAGUCCUCGCUGUCGGCCUGGGAACAGCAUGCUUUACCGUUCCAGUCCUUCUCAGAAGAGUGAAGGAGGCAGCCAGAGCGCCGCCGCCCGACCCUCCACCCCCGGCUAAGCGCCUGCAAAAGGACUCAGAGAACUCGCUGAAGCUCGACACGCUGCGCACCCUGGCCGACGGGUAUAGCUAUGAUCUACGCACCUCGGCCAUCAAGAUCGUCGCCAGCCGCACGGUCAGAUCCCGCACCAAGGAUCUACUGUUGCGUGAUCUGGCUAGUCCAGACGACGGACGUCGCCAAAACGCCAUCAACGCCAUGCACAUGCUCCUCACCCAUGCGAGACUCAGCGUGUCGAUCUGCAACCACUUUCGAGACCCCAAGUCCCUCCGGGCCAUCGUCCGGGCUUUGAUCAAUGUGCUGCCCCAGCAUAAAAUCCAUGCUGAUCGAGAGCGCGAUGACGAGUCCCUCAUCCCCGCCGGAGGGAAGAAACCACCACCACCACCAUCGCCCAUUCGUCCCGCCUUCCGGCCCCCGCAGGAAGCGCAGCUGCUCGAAAUCUUUACCGUGGCGGUCCAUGGCCUUCCCCGGCGUGAUGCCAAAUACCCGCCCGUCAUGGACGCCGCCUUGGAGGAAGGGUUGGUGUACCAGUGGUUAGCAAAUUAUCCCUUCCCCUGCACGUUACCGGAAAACGCCGACGCCAACUUCAAACGGGUCGAUGUGGCGAGGCUGUUUGACCGGAUGAUGUGGCUCUCUGAUGAUCCUGUCAUGGGGGACGUGAUCCUUGUGGUAAUGCAGUAUCCUCGCGCCCGGAGGCAGAUGCGUGAAGUCGGGUUGUGCGCAAGCAUGUAUAAAGAGGACAUUUCCAUAGCCCGCGGCAUGGAGGACACAUGGAAUAAGUCCUUUGGUAUGCCACACUACUCAGACUCAGACUCAGACUCAGAUGCCGACGAAGACAACGACGUGAGAAUGGUCAAUGGCGAGGACACCGCUGGGUUGGCUUCCGGGAACCCUGUCGUCACUGCUCAGGACAUCAUCACCGAUUGGGAUAAUUUGGCGCCGUCACUGGACGGGUGGCCCGCCGCGAGACUCAGGUCGACCGAGAGAAGUCAAGAAGAGGAGCACCUGAGAAGGCGGCAUAGGGAAGCGAUCGUCGUCGCGGAGCGCGGCACUCCGCUGAGCCGGGAGAACAUCUUGCAGAGAGCGAACAGCGAGAUUCUGCAGCCCAUGGGCGGCGUCAGCGAGGUGGAGGGGGAACUCAACGGCCUGCUGAAUCUGUCCCAGACCUCUACGCAAGCCUCACAGGACGAAGAGACUUCGGAUCUACCCCCUACAGAUUCCGACACAGCCGACAUCGUCGACACGGCGUCUGCCUCCGAGGACCGCCAGGUGUCAACAGAGGAGAAGACGAUGGUGGUGGAAGAAGACGCGGAGGCAGAGGAGAUGGAUCGCGCUCAGAGGAGGCACCGUGAGAUCGAGCAGCUGAUCGAGGAAGACCCGGAGAUACAAGGCACGAACGAGACGAGCUCACAGCAGCCGACUGCGUCGAGCGAGUAA